AUGGUGAAGUUUCUUUCAAGCGACCCUGAACUUCAGCUCAAAAGUGGUGCUCCUCCGAUAUUCAUAAUUCAAUCACUAGUUUUGUUGCUUCAAACUGCAGAAUUCGAAGUAAAAAAAGAAGCUGCUUGGGGAAUCUCAAAUGCUACUUGUGGUGGCACUGAUGAACAAAUCAGAUUCAUGGUGAGGCAAGGUUGUAUAGAACCGCUAUGUGACCUUCUUACCAGCGGAGAACCAAGCAUCAUAACAGUUUGCCUAGAAGCCUUAGGGAAAAUUCUCAUUGUUGGAGAAGCAGAGGAGAACUUGGGUCAUAGAGGAGGCCAUAACCUCUAUGCUUCAAUGAUAGACGAGGCAAAAGGACUUGAGAAGAUUGAGGAACUUCAGAAUCAUGACAACGACAUAUACCAAAAAGCAGUGAAGAUCCUCGAAACCUUUUGGCAGACAAACCGGUUUUAA